GCCCUGGGACGAGUUUCGGCCGUAUCGUGUGGGUGGCCCCUUGCGCAAUGCAGCUGAUGGUCCCCUGUCACCACUGGGCCUAGCGCCGCCCUAUGAUGCUGUGGGCCCCGCGGUGGCUGCGGUGUCGGCGCAUAUCCAUUGCGCAGCUUGGGGCUGUGGAAGUAAUGAUGGGCGGUGCGGUGUGGAGCGCUUUUUGAACAAGAAGGGCGAAGGAAAGCCUCCUGAGGUCGACAUGAUGAAGUGCUACAUGAUGGGGCCGCAUCGCAUCGGCUUGGCCCGUCCACUCUACUGGAAGCAUCCCAGCCUGCAAGGUCAGCAGGUUCUGAUGCUCAGCACCGGGCGCAACCACAUGGCGGCCAUUGCAAUACCUGGUGGCGAGUGA